ACUGCCAGCUGUUUCAUAUGGUUGAAUCAUAUAUGGUUGACAAAAUGGAGAUACGUAUAUGCAUUGGGAUUAUUUUGUUUUAUAUUCCCAAGUUUUCUUCAUCAACACAUUAUCAAAUACAAGAAACGAAAGUACCUUGCCACCCUUGUCAUGUACAUUUAUCUUAUGGGGACAGUACAUCCGACAUCACAGUGAUGUGGGCUACGGAGAAGAAUUGCAAUUCUACGCUAAGUUAUGGAACCGAUCCAUGGAAUUACCACAGUACUAUUGAUGCUGACAUGACACACUUCGAUCAUCCAAUAUCGAAUGGAUUGACAUGCAUUUACAGAGUACAAUUAAAGAAUCUUCAACCAAAUACAACAUAUUUCUACAGACCAACAAGUGGCGGAAUCAGCAGUGGACCACAUUUCUUCAAAACACCAGAACCGGCAUCGAGCAUAACACCAGAGUUCUUGAUCUGUGGAAAUCAUGGUGGGGACGAGGUAGACAGUGUACCAUACAUAGAUACCGAAGUUCUAUCUGGACAGUACGAUGCAGUCCUACAUGUUGGGAACUUUGCACCAGACCUAAAAAACAAGACAGAUGACAAUACAACGAUAUGCUACCCACGUUCUGGAGAUUUUUACAUGUCAAUGAUGUCAAACAUGGCUUCACGGAUUCCACAUAUGGCAACCCCUGGAAACCAUGUAACAGGAGAUUUAUUUAGCCAUUACAGACAUUGGUUUUCUAUGCCUGGAACAUCGUGGCCAAUGCCCCUUGACAGAAUGUGGUACAGUUUUGAUAUUGGUCCAGUACAUUUUAUCAGCUAUUCGACAGAAGUGUAUUUCCUGGAUAACGAACUAUACAUACAAGCACAAAAUAAUUGGUUGAUGCAAGACCUUACUAUAAUAAAUCUGAAUCGUUCAGCUCACCCCUGGAUUGUGGCCUUUGGACACAGACCAAUGUAUUGCUCUAGUGGUGAUGACUGUGCUACAGCAGAUUCUAAAGUUCGGAAGGGAUUAGAGAAUCUAUUUUUUACCUACGGAGUUGAUGUCAUUAUACAAGCACAUGGACAUUCUUAUGAAAGAUUGUUCCCAUUAUACGAAGGACAAGUUUUGAGUAAUGACUAUAACAAUCCUAAGGGACCAGUUCAACUAAUUACCGGAACAUCAAAUGAUCAUGUAAAUGUAAAGAGUGAAACAACUCAACCAUGGUCUGCUCUACGUAUUGGAGGAGAGGGAUUGAAUAGUUUUAGUAGAAUGAAAGUGUAUAACACCACACAUCUAUUGUGGGAACAAAUAUCUCCCAAAGACAAAAAACUUUUAGAUUCCAUCUGGAUUACCCAGGAGCACCAUGGUCCAUUUAUAGCUCCUAAACCCAAAGAACCAGUAAGCAAACCUAAAGUUAAUAUUGAAGGUGACACCCCUGCUAGUAGCAAAGAUCAAAGUGAAGAAAAAAUUCCCAGUAAAGCCACGGACACAGCUUCUUCAACAGGAAAUGAGAAAAUUUCUGGAAAACCGUCUCCGGUCGUUGAAUUCUUUGAUCAGACAUCGAAUAAAGUUUUAGUUGGUGUUGGUGUCGGAAUUAUCUCACUCGUACUUUUAGUAGGUGUUGUCUUAUUAAUAAAAAAGAAACAGAGAAUAAGAAGUUACAGAAGAUGGGACGCUACUGUCGAUUACGGAAGGAAAUUCUAUUCAGCCUAUUCACAAGUAGGAAAAGAUGAGAAAGACGGAAGUGAUUUUGAAGUAGACUCGACAGAAGGCAAUCCAUCAUCAAAACUUUUAGCCGAUAAAUAAUGAUAGAAGGCAUAGUCAUCAUAAAAAUUGCGCCCACGGAGAACUGCUCAAAGGAGGGAUGUGUUUGAACCUCGAAAAAAAUUAUUAAGACUAAGAGGAGGUCGUGAUGUUAUGAAAUAUCACAGAGAUUCUGCGGGUUCUUUAACACGAGAACUCAUUAUGAAUUAUAUAUAAGUCAUUAUAAUCAACUAUCAGUGAAGAAAUUUUUCAUCCGUUUCUCAUCAUUUUUACUAUUAAACUUAGUGCUUUACAAUUUUGUUUAGGAAAAUUCAAUGUCAAACACCAAUACUAGUAUAAUGUUUAAGUGUGUUUUAUUACUAAUAAUUUAUAAAAUUGACGAUAAAAACUUUAAUCGUAAAUCCUUAAAAAAUAGCGUCAGGAAAAUAAUAAGAAAAAAACUAAUUUUUGUUUAAAUAAUAACGGAAAACAGACGAACACAAUUAGUAUGGGGAUUUUAUAAAACUAUUCGUUGUAAAUAGUUAAGGAGAAUUUAUAAUAUGUGGAAUGUAUAUAGAAUAGUAUUCUGUUUUAUACCUAUGAAAUAUUGUGGACAAAUGUAAUAACUUGAUUUAGUAUAUAUAUAUAUAUAUAUAUUUUAAACCAGAACUGUCUAAUGUUGAAGACCGUGAUCUAACCUCAAAGUGUCCCUUAGGAUUUUUGUGUCGUUAGAUUGUAUAUCCCACAUCUUCUUUAUUCAUAUCUGCUUUCAAAUGUUAAUGCUUAUGUACUAUUAGAUUGGGAUAAAAUUCAACCUUAACAACUAAUACGGAUCAUUUUUGUCUGUUCCCUUAAAAAGUUAAUUCUGAUGUUUUGUGUCUGUUUUUUUUUUAUUCAUGAUUCCUAUUAUCUCUCAAUGUGUUAAAACAUUAAAUCAGAUCAUGACUUUACAAUUUCAUUGCGUGUAUGGAUUUUGUGUCAUGAAUUAAUGCACUCUACCCAUUCUUUUCAAUUCGUAUUGAUAGUAUCAGGUAAAGCUUCUGGAUCAACUGUUUUUGGCGGAAACGUUUUGCCUAUCUUUUAUUUUCUAUAUAGUGUUAUGUAGAUUAAUGUUUGUCUUUUCUUUUAUUCAUUUGACUGUGGAGUUGUCUAUCUUUCAUCGAUAUGCUUUUCGGUUGCCCCUUGUUGUCUCUCAACUUUCUCCAUCAAUUUUGUUGAAAUGAUUUUUGUUAAAAUUACAUUACCUUUUAGAUAAGAUUGAUAUCAACUACUUAGUACUUUGUAAAUAAAUUCUUUAAAAAAUUACAGACAAUUUUGUUCGAGUAUAUCACAACAUGUAAUAUUUUGAUUUAAUAUUAUAUUCAAUUGGUGCUACAUAGGUUUUUGUGAAGAGAAAAAUGGGCAUGAAAAGACUGAAUAGUUCUAAGGUCAUUUUAGUUUGAUGAAAACAAUAGUCGGUCAAUAUAAUAGGGGUAAAAUGGAUAUGACAAUGUGUUGUUGCAGUUUUGACAAUGACAAAUACCAACAAGACGCUAUCAAAGUGUGAUAUUAUUAGUGAGAAAAAAAAUGCUUAUUGCUUAUAUAAAAUAAAUAUAAAUCUGUUCAUUUUUUGCAAAAAAUUUACUCGAAUAUUUACCCAAAAUUUUAUCUCUUCUAAAUUCUGAUGUUUAUUGUGGUCAUGUUGUUAUAGCUAACAAAAAAAUAUUUCCAUUAAAAAUGAAGGUCAGUAAUAUUCAAUAACUGUCACCAUAAAUUUUCAAGCAUUAAUCUAGUAAGAUUUGUAAUGGUGUAUACUAGAGAGAGAGAGAGAGCGAGAGGGUGAUGAAUAUUUGUUUGAUUUAAAUGCAAUUAUAUUAAAUCAUGUAACCAGCGUUAAUACGCGAGACAGGUGAGUAGGUAUAAUUGAAUUGCAUAUUCAGUUAAUUGAUUAUACGGAAUACUAUUUGUGCAUUAUGACUGUUGUUUUUCAAUGUAAAUAGCUUAAAGUAUACGAUCAGAAGAUACGUUAGAUAUUUUUUGCGUUGCAUUAUUAGUGAAGUCGUAGCAAUAGGGAUCACUGCCUAUCAUAUUGUAUCGCACGUUGAUCGUCGUUAUUCGCGACUCCUGAUGAUACCAAAGAGAUUUGCCUAAUAUUCUGCGGAAAGUGCACUUUUACUUUGAUAUAGGAUUCGUUGAUUUCUGCUGGCCUUUCCCAUAACCAUAAUAUGAUGUUUUAAAUUUGUUUGUAAUUUAGGGCAUACAUCUUUAACGUGCAACUUCUCAAAGACCACUCGAUAGAAAUCAACCAAAAAUACACAGACGAGGCACAGACUCUUCUACAUGUAAUGCUAUCGCAGACCUUCUAUUUCAAUAUUUCAUCUCAUAGCUGUAGUAGUCUAUCGAGUAAUCAAAAAGGCAAAUUGAACAAGACAAAUUGGUGUAAAAUCCACCAACUUUGCAUUCAUACCCCAUACAGCAAGGACGGUUAGGUACUUCAAAUUGAAAGUUUUGGGUUAAUGGUUUCUUGCGUUUUCUAUGACAAAAUAAGAAACGGAAGUGAUGUGUCCAUGCAUCCUAAGUACCAAUUAAUAUAAUAUCGGAUUGAAAUUUGUAUGUACAUUCAUGACAAGCUUUUAACUUAAUAGAUUUCAAAAUGUCUGGUGGGAUAUACUAUUAUUUUUUGGUUUUGUUUCAUAGUAGUUAUUUCCAGGAUAAGUGUAUUUUUUCUAAAUGAAAUGUGUAUUUUGCUAUGAAUUAAUUCAAACGCAUCGUUAUUGAAUAUUAAUAACAAUACCACUUAAGGUAUAUUGUUUUGAAUGUUCAUUACUUUUAAUACAAAGAGGAGUUUCUUCUUUGUUCAACCCACGCAACAUUUUGUCCAUAUUUAUAUAUCUAUAUGAAUUAAAAAUUAUUUCUGUUA